UUCGUCAGACCUACCUUCAGUUCCAUGGGAGGCUUUGAGGGUCAUCUGUUCCCAGGGCUGUCUCUCUUCUUCUAUGGACUUUAUCAUGCACGACUCGUCUCCAGGGCUUUGAUAUGUAACUACCCUAUCCAGUAUCCUCCACGCCGUCCCUGGAGCAAAGGAAGAUGGGCGAGGCUACAGCAAAUAUACUAUGUCGGGUUCGUGAAGAUAUUGAGCGCCUGCAUUUUAGUAGCCCAAGAGCUGCAUAGCGUUCAGGGACAGUUUGUACUUAUCAGCAAGAUAUAUCAUCAGAGAAACUUUUUGUACCGCAAACAGUGGCAGCAUCUCACUCUAUAUAUGACCUUUUUCCUGAGUGGCUGUGUAGAUGUGGUGAGCCAGAACGUGCUGCCCCAGAGGUGUGCUGCUCUGGAGCAAGGUGCCCAAGCUCUGGGCAUAUUUCUGUUUGUGGCCCUGAUGGUGUCUCACGUGCAGGACUCAGAAGGAGUGGAGCUGCAGUCUCACGUCCUGCUCACCCAGGCCAUGUUCCUGCUGUCGCUGGUGGUGAUCGCAGAGCUGUGGGCUCCCAACAUGCCACAGCUCCGGGUGAUGAAGGCCUUUUUCUACAUGGUGACAGGCUCUUGGCUGAUGCAGAUAGGGUUUAUGCUGUUCAAACCAAUCUCUGGCCAUAAGUGGAUGGAUGAUGACAAAAACGACGUUGUGUUUGUCACCACCUUCUUCUGCUGGCAUGUGGCUUUCAUUGCCAUUUUGAUGAUCUGGAUCUAUGGCUUCUCCUUUUUGUGGUAUUGUUACAUUUGUUGAUGUCUGGACCUGGUGAGCCUGGAAUGGUUCCUGUCACCUGCACAUUCUGGAAUACCUGGAUGAGAAGUUGUGGGAAGUGGCAUUGUCAGAGAA